AUGGCGCUACUGAAAAAAACUGAUCUUGGAACCAACAACGAAAAAAUAUUUUCACUGUUUCAGUGCACUUUCCCUGACGCAAACCACGUAUUUAAUCCACAAAACGCACACAAUUUGAGUUAAUGAGAUGGCUAACAGCGAGGAUGAAAAGGAAGAGGAUGACACCGAGUGGAAAUACAGUUUCGUGGAUUCAGUCCCACUCAUCCCAGCUGCUGCUUCUGGUCAAAGUCUCAAUAGGACAUCAGGACCAACGCCUGCACACAGAGUCAUUUUGCAUUUUGACCUGGACUGCUUCUAUGCUCAGGUGGAAAUGAUCAGAAACCCUGCACUGAGAGAGGUCCCUUUAGGUAUUCAGCAGAAAUACAUCAUUGUCACCUGUAACUAUGUAGCAAGAGAUCAGGGCGUCACCAAGCUGAUGUCUGUGAUUGACGCAAAGGAGAAAUGUCCUCAGCUGGUGUUGGUUAAAGGAGAAGACCUGACACACUACAGAGAAAUGUCCUAUAAACUGACAGAGCUGCUCGUGUCCUACUGUCCACUGGUAGAGAGGCUUGGAUUUGAUGAAAACUUUGUGGACAUUACGAAGAUGGUAGAAAGAAGGCUUACAGAGACACCAGAGUCUAACAACCUUUCAUUUAAAGGACAUGUCUACAACCAUACCAGUGCAGACGUUGAAGCCCAGGAUCACCCAAGGUUGGCUUUAGGUUCACACAUUGCAGCAGAGAUUAGGGAAGCCAUCCAAAGCAAACUGGGACUCACUGGCUGCGCUGGCAUUGCCACGAACAAACUACUUGCCAAGCUGGUGUGUGGCACCUUCAAACCGAAUCAGCAGACCACCCUGCUGCCAGAGAACAUUGAUGACAUUAUGGGCUCCCUGAGCAGUCUCCGUAAAGUACCAGGGGUGGGUCAUCAAACUACUAAGAGACUUCAAGCCCUGGGAUUGGUGAGCGUGAAACACCUUCAGCUCUUCCCAUUGAAUGAUUUGGCGAGAGAGUUUGGAGCUCCCAGCGCUCAGCGCUUAAAGAAUCUGGCCCUAGGGUUAGAUGAGUCAACUGUCACCCCUACUGGGGCCCCUCAGUCUCUUAGUGAUGAAGACUCUUUCAAGAAAAUGUCAUCAACUAAAGAAGUUUUGGAAAAGACUCAAGAGCUCCUGAGCAAUCUGGUGGAGAGGAUGCACAACGAUGGCAGGCAGCCUCAAACCUUCAGGCUGACCAUCCGUAAAUACUCUGCGACUAACAAGUGGUUCAACCGGGAGAGUCGGCAGUCUCCUAUCCCAAACCACAUUGGACAGAAGAUCACCUCCGACGGCAGUGAAGAUGCUGUGGACCUGCUGCUCCCGCUGGCCAUGAAGCUGUUCCACAAGAUGGUGGACAGCAGCGCCCCCUUCCACCUCACCCUCCUUAACGUUUGCUUCAGUAACCUGCAGGGAGCUGCCGUCAGCGGAAAGGGCUCGAUAACAUCUUUCUUCACACACAGCACCUCGCCCAGCAAAACACCAAUCUGCUCAUCACAAAGCCAGGAUUCCUCCUUUCAGAACGGGGAUAGUCACUGCUUGGAUCAUCCGGCUAGCACACACAGCGUGAUUAUUCAACAUACCUCAAAAAAGACAGUAACCACUAAAAGGCCUCGUAGCUCUGAGGCAGCAUUACACGGGUUUAAAGGAAAACAGAGCCCUGUUGUUGCUGUAGAAGACACUCGAAGAGUAUCCUGCAGCACAGCGAUGUCACACCAUGAAGAAACAAAUGUCCCAGUUACCAAUCAAUUGCCCCCAAAUUUUGACCCCGAAGUGUUCAGGCUUCUCCCUGAGGAAAUCCAGAAGGAGCUUUUAACCCCUGCCUACACAAACUAUCCCCCAGGUACUUCAGUGAGUUCAUCAGCACUCGUUGAUCCCCCCGGCAUAACACAGAAGUCAUUUAAUGACUCGCAAAAAGACAUAAAAGAGGCUUUGAACAAAUUAGGUCCAUCUGACAGGCCGACCACCGUGAAUCACCAGAGGCCUGUGGGCACAAGAGAGGACGUCAUGGAAGAAGGAAGAAUGUCAUUUGCCAGGUCUUCUGACUACGAUUUUCCAGGAAAUGUGGACCCUAAGGUGUUUUCAGAGCUUCCGCCGGAUGUUCAGAGGGAGUUGAUGUCUGAAUGGAAGCAAAAGCAGCCGGUGCUGAAGACGCCCUCAUCCAAAAAACCAGGAAGAAUCUUGACGACCAAAGACAGAAAAGCUGCAGGGAGAGGUAGUCGGGCAAACAAUCUGUUAAAGUAUUUCAAACCGAGUUAGAGAGGGACUAGUUACUUCUGCGUAAGAUAACUUAUGACAGAGUUAUCUCUUGUAAUCUAUUUUGUCAUGUUAUUUCUAUUCAAGAAAUUGUUUCAAUUGUUCUAAAUUGUUUCAUUUGUUCAUCUAUCUAUCUAUCUAUCCAUCGAAACAAUUUGCUGAGGCCUUUUUUAUUUUCGGUGACACUACUGUAAGUCAAAACUAAGCAGAAGUUUCACGACCAUUUCUGAUGCAUUAAACAAAUCUCAAUCAAAAACAGGUACAGUACUUUUGGAUGGUAAAAGUCAAGAAAGGCAUGGCAAAAAUAAUACACAAUAAGACUAUAUGACCCACACCAGCAUAUCAUUACAUAGUAAUGGGUCAUUGAUUUGGUCAAUUAAUGACAUAUAAGAAACUACAGACUUAUGAAGUCAGUAGUAAUGCUUCACUGUUGACUUUGAUAAACAUUUCUGACAAAGUUUAUGAUUAAGUGUUUCUCUUUCCACUCCUGUAUGUAAGUGUUAAUAUGCAGACGUGCAGUAUAUUGUUGAUAAAAUUUUACAUUUAUUUCAAAACGUCUACAAACUGCUUGAUUUGUCUCUUAAACAUGCUUGCAAUCUCCUUUUA